UCAGACAAGCCUCUAGCGAUUUUACUUUCAAUCAAAAUAAUUCAGUAGUAAUUUUGCUCUUCACAAGACAACAUGUUUUUCGAAUUAAUAUUGGGUCUAAUCGGUCUACUAUUUGUGUGGGACUAUUUAAAUAAAAAACAUCGUUAUGAAAUAUUAGAUAAAUCGGGUAUACCGGGACCCAAACCUUUGCCUAUUGUAGGCAAUGCUGUGCAUAACCGUCAUGUUAAUAGUGAUAAUCUAAUUGAAUUUGCUCGUGAAAAUAAAAUAAAAUAUGGUAAAAUUUAUCGCUUUUGGAUGCUUCAUCAAGUCAGUGUUAUGGUCUUGGAUCCAAAAUAUUUGGAAAUCAUCUUAAGCAGUCAACAGAUGAUUAAGAAAAGUAGUUUAUAUGAUUUUGUGGAAGGUUGGCUGGGUCGUGGUUUACUUUUAAGUUGGGGCAAGAAAUGGCAUUCGAGACGUAAGAUUAUAACGCCAACCUUCCACUUUAAGAUACUCGAACAGUUUGUGGAGAUUUUCGAUCAACAAAGUGCUGUUAUGGCUAAGAAAUUGUAUGAGAAGGCUGAUGGUAAAACGGCAAUUGAUAUUUUUCCGUUGGUGUGUUUGUGUGCUUUGGAUAUUAUAGCGGAAACUGCUAUGGGUGUUAAAGUAAAUGCUCAAGAACAGCCGGGUCUAGAAUAUCCACAAGCUAUAACUACACUCUCUCGCAUAACGGCAAAUCGUUUUGUAAGACCCUUACAAAGAACCGAUUUUCUAUUCCGUUUAACCGCACCCAAACAAUAUCAAGAAUCACAGCGUUGCAUCAAGGUUCUACAUAAAUUCACCACAGAUGUUAUUGAACAAAGACGUGAGGCACUCGAAAAGAAGCAAAAGGAAGGUUCUGUAACAAGUAAGUUUUUCUUGAAAUUUACGCAAACUUUCUAUAAACGAUAUUUUGUUUCACUUUCAGAUGAAGCAGAAGAUUCAGAAUUGAAUACUAAAAAACGCAUGGCUUUAUUAGAUGUUUUAUUGCAAUCUACCGUAAAUGGUGCACCUUUAACUAAUGAGGAUAUACGUGAAGAAGUUGAUACCUUUAUGUUUGAGGGUCAUGAUACCACUACUAGUGGCAUAUCAUUUGCUUUGUACUUAAUAGCCCGACACCCGAAAGUGCAAACAAAACUUGUGGAGGAAAUCAAAGAAGUUAUGGGCACCGACAAAAAUAAACCGGUAACAUAUCGUGAGCUGCAGGAUUUGAAAUAUAUGGAAUGUGUUAUAAAGGAAACUCAACGUUUAUAUCCCUCAGUACCAGUUAUAGGCAGAGAAAUAACUGAAGACACACAAGUGGGUGAUAUAACCAUACCGGGUAAAACAAAUUUAAGUUUAAACUUAUUUAUGGUUUUACGUGAUCCCGAUUACUUCAGCGAUCCGGAUAUUUUUAAACCCGAACGUUUCGAUAGUGUUGAUGGUGAAAAAAUCAAUCCCUUCGCCUAUACUCCUUUUUCGGCUGGUCCACGUAACUGUAUUGGCCAAAAGUUUGCCAUGUUGGAAAUGAAGAGUACUUUAUCGAAAAUGUUGCGUCAUUUUGAAUUAUUGCCGCUGGGUCCUGAUGUUAAACCAGUCAUUAAUUUAAUUUUACGUUCUAAUACCGGUAUUCAUAUUGGACUUAAACCCAGAGAAUUAUAAAAGGCUGAUAAAGUAAAUUAUAUAGUUAUUUCCCAUUGGACCGAAAAUGGGGAUAAGUGUAUGUAAUUAUUAUUAUACAGUAUUAUUAUAAAGUUUGCUAAACUUAAGUUAAAAGUAUUAUUAGACUUGGAGUUCUUAAAUAAAUGUUUAAAAAAUAAAAA